GACCUAUGCUUCUGUUCUCCCUCUUUUUGGACAAGUCGAACGUUGCAUUCCUGAAGCUGCUCCCUUCUCAUUGCAUACGGCCGACUUGGAAUGAGCUUGAAAUGAGCUGAAACGGAGGCCUUCUUUAUGCCCUUUUUGUAUCGGUUAUCCCUCCUCUCUCCGCAUUGCCCUCUUCAAGCUGGGAUUAAGCUUUUCGAAAAGGUACGAAGACCAAUCAUGGCGGCCACCGCAGGAAGACUGCAGGGGCUGGUCAGCGUCAUCACAGGCGCAGCCAGCGGCAUUGGGCGGAGCACCGCCAAAAAGUUCGUCGAGAAUGGGGCCAAGGUCAUCGUUGCUGAUCGACAAGUAGAGCUUGGGGAGGCUGUUGUGAAGGAGCUCGGAUCCGCAGCGUCGUUCGUCAAGUGUGACGUCACAAAGGAGGAUGACAUCGCCGCCGCCGUCGAUGCGGCCGUCAAGCAACACGGGAAGCUAGACAUCAUGUACAACAAUGCAGGAAUUGUUGGCGAGCGGGGUCCGAUCGAUCAGGCGAAAGUGGAGGACUUCGACUUCACGCUGAACGUCAACCUGCGGUCCGUGUUUUUGGGGAUGAAGCAUGCGGCAAGAGUGAUGAAGGAGCGGAAAACGGGCUGCAUUCUGAGUACGGCGAGCGUUGCGGCGAUUGCCGGGGGCAUUGGCCCGCAUGGGUACGCUGCCUCCAAGGCGGCCAUCGUUGGGCUCACUCGCAACGCCGCGGCGGAGCUCCAGGCGCACAGCAUCCGCGUGAACUGCAUCCUCCCCGGGGGGGUGGUCACCCCGCUGAUCCACUCCCUGAACCCGGACGUCAAGCUCACGGACGAGCAGCUCGGCCAGGGAAUGGUAGGCACAAUGGGCUUUGGGGGCCGUUACAUUACUCCUGACGACAUCGGCAAUCUGGCCGUCUUCCUGGCCAGCCCCGACUCGUUUUUCAUCACCGGGCAGGGAAUCACGGUGGACGGGGGAUUCAUCGACCUUUACAAGGAUUCGCUGGACUUGUGGUUUGGCUCGAAGCAGGAGGUUUUGAGGGAGGCGGGAAAGACGGGCCACCCGACAGGGGACGAGAAGUAGUCUUUGGGCAGCAACGCAAUAAGUCACUGUUUUCGUUGCGGCGUAGAAGUACUGUGAUUUUUGAUGGGGCGAUAGGAGCUUGCAGAUACUGGCCGACCAAAAAGGUCGGGUGUAAAUUGAGAGUUGAGAAAGACCGCUCGGGAGCCGUGAAGUGUAGACAACGCUUGCAUACGAUGUUAAAAUUGAAGAGAGACCCGUCCACAGCUCACCGGUUGGAUCAAAGCUGACCACGUGUUACUGUUGAAGACCUACUCGUUCUGUCCAGAGACGGUAGAUCGCUUUGCCGGGAAAGGAACCCUUACGGGCACGAGUUGGAGCUACAGUAGGAGAAGCGUACAGCUAGCUAGCACAGUCAAUCUGGAUACAUACGCACUGCUUAAACAAUUGCCACGGAAGAUUCUGACGACCCGCGAGGGCUUGGAGUUGAGGAGCGAAGUUCUUGACAUUUAGGCUUUGAUCACCAUGGCAGCUAUACAAUGUAAGCCCUUGAACCGUGCCAAUUGUCACCGAAGAUGCAAUGGCAACUUUCAACAUGCGGC